UAAUCAGAGAUUUCUUCUCUGGCAAUCAAAAAUCCAUUUUUUGAUUUCUUAACACAGCCACUCCCCCUCUCUCCCUCUCUUUCUCAAUGUUUUUGCAGUUGAUUUAGGAGGAUAAGGGGAUUUUCUCUCUAUUUGUUGAGAGAAAGUGGAUGAGUUUUCUAUCUGUUACAGAGAGAGAGUGAAAGAGAAAGAGAAAGAGAAAGAGAAAGAGAGUUGGUGUUGCGUUGCGUGGGUGUUUGCAUCACGAUCAUUGGAUGCACGUGGAAGCCUAGAAAGCUUGUUACUUUCUGAAUUAUGGCUGUAUGUGGGGAUGAUAAAGAUAGAGUGCUGAGGAUCCAUGAAAGUUUGGAGGAACUUAGUACUGAUUUAGCUGAUUAUAUUGCUGAAUUAUCAGAGGCAUCGGUGAAAGAACGUGGGGUGUUUUCUAUUGCGUUAUCUGGUGGUUCUGUCAUUAACUUGAUGGGAAAGCUCUGUGAAGCUCCUUACAAUAAGACUGUCGACUGGGCCAAGUGGUAUAUAUUUUGGGCUGAUGAACGUGUUGUUGCAAAAAGCCAUGCCGACAGCAAUUAUAAGCUUGCAAAGGACAACCUUCUUUCCAAGGUGCCAAUUAUUCCCAGCCAUGUACACUCGAUCAAUGAUUCUGUGUCGGCGGAGGAAGCUGCUGAUGAGUACAAGUUCGUCAUUCGACAGUUAGUUAAAUCCCGCAUCGUAAGCGUGUCUGAUGUGAGUGACAGUCCUAAGUUUGACCUCAUUCUUCUUGGAAUGGGUUCUGAUGGCCAUGUUGCCUCAUUAUUCCCUGGUCACUCAGUGCUCGAAGAGAAAGAUGAAUGGGUUACCUUCAUUACCAAUUCUCCAAAACCUCCUCCAGAGAGGAUCACCUUCACAUUGCCUGUGAUCAACUCUGCAUCCAAUGUAGCCAUUGUUGUGACAGGUGAAAACAAAGCAGAGACCGUACAUUUGGCCAUUGACGACGUAGGACCCGACUGCCCACUCCUACCUGCGAGGCUGGUACAGCCAAAGAAAGGUAAGUUGGCAUGGUUUUUGGAUAAAUAUGCCGCUUGGAAACUUGACAAUUACCAAUUGCAUGAACAGGCCUAAGCUGUUCGGGUCGAAGUGUAUCUCUGUAUGUAGUUGAUGGAUUCAGCAGUUGUGGAUCUUGUUUCUUUAUUUCGAUCCCACAUCUUAUUUCACCUUCUUCCCUUUUGUUUUGGGUCACAUUCUCCAUUUUGACUUUUCUUCAUUUCUUUGCCGGGGUGAUGAGGGAAGCGUAAUUCUCCUUUCAUUUUGUAAGCUGAGCUAAAUAAGCUAAGCUCUCUAUGAAAAGCAGAUGGUUUUGUAAGAAUGUUACUGCUAUGUACAUGUUGAAGCUGCCAGAAGCAAAAAUGCAUCAUUCCAAAUUUCUAAAAAGCAGCCUUCACAGAUUUCUAUCCUCAGAAAAUUGGGCAUCUCAAAAUGUAAUCAACGUCUUCCAUCGCUUUCCAGGUGGUGAUUGUUUUGAAUAGUGGAUUUGAUAUGCUACAGAUUAAAGGAUGACAAUACUGGAAUAAUGAUUUUAAAAAUUUCAAUCCAAUGUUCUUCGUUCUCUCAAUAGAAAAAUGUCAGACGUGUUUGUUU